AUGACUCUUAGUGGCUCAUGAUUUGAUCCUACAACUUUUUGUUUUCAGUCCAGUUCAUAGCUCACAAAUAAGGGUGCAACUUUUGUGUAGAGACUUCUAGUGCACCCUGGCCCGUGCUCGAAUUCUACAGCCUGGUAGAUAAUUCGACUGCAUUUUGGCGGUUUUAGAAUUAAUUUUCCUGUUGUGCAUUGCUGUAAUGGCCAUUCGAGCUAUGUCUGGCGUUGUGCUUCAGAUUUUUGUGGUCUUUGUUUGUCUGGUCGUUUAUUCGUCAGCUGCAAAAUUUUCUGCUAAUUUUAUUUUUGGAGAUUCUUUGGUUGAGGCCGGUAACAAUGACUACAUUGUGUCUCUCUCCAAGGCUAAUUACCCUCCGAAUGGUAUUGACUUUGGGAGUCCAACAGGAAGAUAUACUAAUGGCAGAACUAUUGUUGAUAUUAUUGGACAGCAAGUGGGGUUUAGCGAAUUUGCUCCACCAUAUUUGGCUCCAACUACUAGAGGCCCUGUGAUUCUGCAGGGUGUCAAUUACGCCUCCGGUGGGGGAGGGAUUUUGAAUGAAACUGGAAAGAUUUUUGGUGGUAGAAUCAACUUGGACGCGCAGAUUGACUACUUUGCCAAUACCAGGCAAGAUAUAAUAGCACAAAUAGGUUUCCCCGCGGCAAUGCAGCUAUUGGAAACAGCCCUCUUCUCAGUUACAAUGGGUUCUAAUGAUUUUAUAAACAACUAUUUGGUGCCUGUGCUUUCAAGUGUUAAACAAAGAUUAGUAUCUCCUGAGAUGUUUGUCGCGAGUUUAAUCCCUAGAUACAGGGCUCAACUUACGAGGAUUUACAAUUUGGGUGCCAGAAACUUUAUUUUGCCAAAUGUCGGGCCAAUCGGAUGCAUACCAUAUCAAAGAGAUGUAAAUCCAUUAUCCGGGGAUCAGUGUGUUGCUUUGCCGAAUCAGCUUGCUCAAUCUUUCAACAUCCAGUUAAAGAGUCUGCUUAUUGAGCUCGAGGCCAACCUCAAGGGGUCAAGAUUUAUUUAUGCAGACGUCUACCACAUUGUCGAAGAUAUCAUUCAAAAUUAUGCCUCAUAUGGCUUUCAAAACGCAGACUCUGCUUGCUGCUCAUCCGCAGGGCGCCAUGGAGGAGUCAUCCCAUGUGGUCCUGGUCCGACACAUGUGUGUCCAGACAGAUCAAAAUACGUUUUCUGGGAUGCAUACCAUCCAAGCGAUGCUACUAAUGCUCUCAUCGCGCAGCGUUUGAUCGAAGGUGGAACUGACGAUGUUUCACCUAUAAAUCUCAGACAACUUGUUGAAUCUUGAGCUAUUAAGUAUCAAGUCCUACUGAGAUAAUUCAUUAGCAAAUAUGGUUAUACUAUGAUGUUAUUAUAUAUACUUAUAAAUUACAUUUAGCCUGAUUUUUAUAGAUGAUUAGCAACAAGUCCAAUGUGACUGAUCAUUGCCAAGGAUGAACUAAAAUAUAUUAUCUACAAGAAGAAGAUAUGAUUUAU